AUGGAUACUUGUUAUAUUAUGAUGGCGUUAAAGGACAUUAUUACGUCAAGCGAAAUUAAUUAUCCAGCCUAUCUCGGUGAGGGUGAAUUUGGUCAAGUUUUUAAAGCUGAAAUUCGAAAGCUAGGAGCUGUUGCCAUUAGAAAGCUGAAUCUGGAGUAUGCAGAAUUAUUACCUACCUUUGCCGGACUUAUCGACUACAAUCAUAUUAAUAUUGUCAAACCGAUUGCAUUACUCAAAAUUGACCGACAGUGGUGCGUUUUAACUCAGUUUAUCGAUAAUGAAAAUCUACGAAAAAAAUUAGAAGAUAAGACUAAGCCUUUAUCCUUUGAUAUACGUAUUAAAAUAUUAAUGGGAAUUGCAAGUGGUUUAGCUUACUUACAUGAUGCAUUUUGCAAGAAUAAAAUGCAUCUGCUACUUAAUAGCAACAAUGUUCUACUAAAUCAAGCUUUGGAACCCAAGUUGUCCGAUUAUGGACUACUGAAGCCAAUUGAUUUACAAGAAAUAUAUUAUAGCCCAACCCCAACAGAACGUCAAAAAUAUUUGAAAGGUUACAUGCCGCCCGAUCUUGAUAGUGGAAUCGCAUCUGGUAAAUUUGAUUCCUAUAGCUAUGGAAUUAUUGUGCUAGAAAUCGUUUCUGGCUUAUCUAGCUACAAACCGGAUAUUUCAGGUCCAUCAGCCGACAAGCCUGUCUAUCUAGGUGAUCAUUUCUUGCAAUGCUGUGGAAAUCCGGAAAUGUUAUUUUAUUGUGAUGAAGAUAUUGAGUGGCCAAGCAAUGAAUACGUCUUUUCAUCAGAAGAAAUGCAAGAAAUUGCAUAUGAAUGCCUGAAAAAGGAUCGUCUUGAACGUCCAACGAUGAGUGAAUGCUACAGAACCUUGUUAGAGAUUAAGAAUUUCCUCGCAGAUCCUCCAAAUUAA